UCCUGACGUCACGUCCGGCCGUCUCAUAUGACGUCAGAUAUUUUCACGUGUAGAGACGGGACCACAACAUUAGUUAGUGGUUUAAAUUAUACCUUCUGUACUCUUCAUCACAGUCGUUGUCCUACACACCUACGAGAAUGGCCAGCGGUCGCAGGCCGGAGCACAUGGCUCCUCCAGAGAUGUUCUACAACCAAGAAGAGGCGAAGAAGUACUCCCAGAACUCCAGAAUGAUGGAGAUCCAGAGCCAGAUGUCCGAGCGCGCCGUAGAGCUGUUAAACCUUCCAGAAGGACAGGCCUGCUUUCUGCUGGACGUCGGGUGCGGCUCGGGGCUGAGUGGAGACUUCCUGUCAGAAGAGGGGCACGUGUGGGUUGGAGUGGACAUCAGCACCGCCAUGCUGGACGUGGCCCUGGACCGGGAGGUGGAGGGGGACCUGGUCCUGGGGGACAUGGGGCAGGGCAUGCCCUUCAAAGCCGGCACCUUCGACGGCUGCAUCAGUAUUUCAGCUCUACAGUGGCUCUGCAAUGCAGACAAAAAGUCCCACAGUCCGCCCCGGAGGCUCCAUGUGUUCUUCAGCUCCCUCUACUCCUCUCUGUCUAGGGGGGGGCGAGCGGUCUUCCAGCUCUACCCAGAGAACUCUGAACAGCUGGAGCUUAUCACGUCGCAGGCCAUGAGGGCGGGCUUCAGCGGUGGCAUGGUGGUGGACUACCCCAACAGCAGCAAGGCCAAGAAGUUCUUCCUGUGUCUCUUCGCCGGAGCGUCGGGAGUCCUUCCCAAGGGACUGGGAGGAGAAGCAUCCGACAGGAAUGUUCCGGACCAGGUCCAGUUUUCAGGACAGAGAACGCGCUUCAAGAACCUGAAGGGGCGGUCUCUGAAGAAGGGCAAGGACUGGAUCCUGGACAAGAAGGAGCGCCGAAGGAGACAGGGCCGAGAGGUCAGGGCCGACACCAAGUACACCGCGCGGCAGAGGAGACCUCGCUUCUAGGGCUGAAGGAGGCGGACCCAUCGUCCCGUCUGGAAACACAGUCCGACGCAGGUCGGAACAAACUGGGGGAGAUGUGUGGUGCGAACUCGGUCAACAUCAAUCUUGUUUAUGGAUCGACACAUUGACCGCACAACCACACAACCCGAAAGCUAUAAAGGUGCUUAGCCAAUGUUGUGUGGAAUACAAAAUAAAAUAACAUUUUAGAUGUACAAUUCUAGAGCGGCGCAUUCAAACAUGUAAUUGAGCUUUAUUUGACUUGAUUGAUGUCUGUUUUCUGUUUAAAGGGAGAAGUUAUCCCCAUCUCCUGCAUACAAAUUGUAUUAAAAACAUUUGUUUUCAUCA